AUGAGUGCAUUGAACAAGAUUCUCAUUAUUGGUGCAAGUGGAAGCUUCGGCAAGGUUGUUACUAGCACAGCAUUAGCACGUGCUCUUGAUGUUACUUUAUUCGUCAGACGUAAAAGUCGCCUUGGAAAUUCUGGAAAUGCAAAGGUUAUUGAAGGUGAUGCAACCGAUUUGGCAGCUGUUGAAAAGGCUGUCAAGGGUCAGGAUGUUGUUUAUAUUAAUCUUGCUGGCGAUUUGGAGAGAAUGGGAAGAACAAUUGUUAAAGCAAUGAAGAAUCAAGGCGUUAAACGUGUUGUUGCUAUCAGCUCAAUUGGUAUUUAUGAUGAUCCAGUCCCAUCAAUCCUUCAUCCAUAUCGUGGCUUAGCAGAUAUCAUAGAAUCAAGUGGACUUGAUUACACAAUCCUUAGACCUAAUUGGUUCACAAGCGCCAACGAGAUAGAUUAUAUUCUCACACCGAAAGGCCAGCCAGAAAGAGGAACAUCCAUUUCAAGAAAGAGCAUUGCAGAUUUUGUUGUGAAAAUCUUCGAAAAUCCAAGUGAAUAUAUUGGUGAAAACUUGAAUAUUGCUAAGCCAAAUUAA